CGCUCGGGUAUAACCCAUUGCAUCAUUUUGGACGGGCGGAGGACGACGACGCUCGGACAUGCAGACCUUCUUCAACGCGCCGCAGCUCACGGACGAUGAGAUCGAGCGCAUGAAGAGGCUCGGCCGCGAUGUAUGCACCCAGGUGGCGUACGCGGCCCGGCGCGCCGACAGUGGCAGCGUCGCCGUGCGCUGGCGCAGCCUUGGCGUCGAGAACAAGGUCGAGCUCUUCGCCGGCGACGACCCGCUGCCAGAGCAAGAGAAAUUCCUGAGCUACAUGUGCGGCGUCACGUCCGUGCAUGCGACCAUCGACCAGGUCGCAGACCUCUUCAACGCCGACCACAUGAGCCAGACCCAUGGCCUCACGCCAUCGGCCGAGUUCACGCGCCAGUUCAACCAGGACCUCGCGAGCUACCAGACGCUCAAGUACUUGCGCCAGCGCACAGAAAAGUACCCGCGCCACUCGGUCAGCAUCAAGUGGUUUCUCAUGGAGUCGCCGUCCAUGGCGGCCAAGCCCCGCGACUACGUCUACCUCGAGUCGCAAGAAGACAUUAUGGACGCCAAGCGCAACAAGCGAGGGUGGGUCUGCGCAAUGCACUCGAUCGACCUCCCGAGCGCGCCGAGUCUCGAGCGCACCCACGACAUUGUCCGCGGCAGCUUGUACCGGUCCGGCUUUGUGUUUACAGAAACCGAGACGCCGGGCGUGCUCGAAGCCAUCUACCUCCUCCAGAUCGACUUUAAGGGCUCGCUGCCGAUGCACCUGCGCCAGUCCAUCAUGAAGCAGCGCCUCGGCUGCCUCCGCGCGAUCGACGACCAUUUCCUGCGGCGCGCCGGCGCGCCCGUUCCGCAUGCGAUGCCGUCGUACCCGGCCAACAACAACAGCAACAACAACAGCACCAACACUGCUUUGCACAAGGGCGGCGUCGCGCUUCUUGGCGACAUCCACCUCAAGUCCAAGCACGGCGUCUCGACCUGCGCGUGCUGUGCGGGCGGCUUUGGCUUUCUCAAGAAGAAGCACAACUGCCGCGUGUGCGGCGAAGUCGUCUGCAGCAGCUGCUGCACGCAACAGCGCCCCACGGUGCCCGUCGAAGGCAUCAAGAAGUAUCACAUUUGCUCGCUCUGUGCCGUCGAGAACCGGCAAGCGGCCGCCAACGGCGCACUCGGACGCUCGCGCUCGGGCCACGAGCUCUACAACCACAGCAACAACAAUAACAACAAUGGCGCCAACCCCAACACGCGCAGCGCGCUCUCGUCGUCCAACAACAUGAAGUCGCCCAACUCGGGGCCGCCAGGGCCGUUCCCGUCGCGCUUGCAGCAGCCCAAUCUACCGCGGGCCACCAUGUCCAAGCCCAUGCAGAGCGACUCGUUCCUGGACGACGACCCAUACGCGAUGCGACUGCGCAUGCCCGACCACAUGGUGCGCAAGCCGAGCUACCGCGAGUCGACGUCCGGGCCGCUCCAGCCGCUCAGCCGACCGUCGGGCUUUGCACCGCGCUACGAGCACGACCUGGCGCUCGUACCCGAGUACCAUCCGCCGCAGCAAGCGCCAUCGAAUGGCUUUCACCGGCACUCGACGUACUUUCCACCGGCGCGCCCCGACUCGCGCGAGUCGUUUGUCAACGAACGCGAGUCGGUGCUCGACUUGUACGACGAAGUGGGCACGUCGGUGAGCCGGUACGUGCCGCCGCCACCGGCGCGUGUGCCCCGGCCGGGGCCCCGGCAGACGCAAGUGCAAUACUUGCCGCGGUCGGGCGAAGCGACGACGAUCGACCUCCGCGACCUCAACAACGCGUCGGAUGUGCUCGCGCAGCUCAACAACCAGCGCCCCGGUGCGCACGAGUCGACGGUCCGGCUCGAGAUCAUUCAAGGCGCCGACGACGGCAACAACGAGGACAACUCGUACGACUAUGACGCAUCGCUGGCGCGCCGGCCGCGCGACUACUACCCGCCGUCGGCGUCCGGGCGGUUCCGCGCGCCGCCGCAGGCGCCACCGCGUUGGAUCGACCGCCCGUCGACGUCCCGUGCGUUUGACCCGAUGCAGAUGCGCUUUGACAACAUCAUUGCGAGCACCUCCAACCUCGUGGCACCGACGGCCCAAGCGGUGCCCGAGGCGAGCAGCACCAACGCGCUCGCGAUCCCCGCCGGGUCGGUCUACAAGGGCAGUCGCUACCGCAUCAAGGAAACGCGGUAUUAUGCAACGACGCCAGAUGCGACGCCGGACGAGUACAUUGCCGACGAGCGCGACUCGAUCGUCGUCGACAUGCCGUCGCAGCCACCGGCGGCGAAUCCGUCGACGGCCGCGAACAACAACAACCGCCUCGGGAACGGGUCGAGCCCGACAGCCGUCGCUGUGUCCAAGUUUCUGGACCAAGACAUUGACAUGUUCUUGCAGCCGAUGGACAAGAAGGCGACGCUGCAGCUCGAGAACCAGCCGGCGCCGAUGGUGGACGUCAAGAAGGAAGGUCCGCCGAACUUUGACCACAGCGCAAGCAUUGAAGACAUGCUCGGGCCGCUGCGCAGUAGCAACAACGAAGACGACUCGGUCGCGUACCUCACAGCGCUGCUCAUGGAGCGUCUCCGCAUGGCCAACGCGACCGAGCGCGAGCAGAUCAAAGAGACGCUGCGCGCCGCUGUCCAAGACCCGCAGUAGGCGAGUAGACCGUCAGUAUACUAAGUUAACUGCGCGCGCCCGUGCGCUCUGUAAUAUCUGUUGUCGUGUCGA